GGUGCUGCCGCUCAGGGGGAGGGGGCACGGGAGCGGGGGGAGACCAGCCCUUCUUGGAGGCCGGGAUGCGCCCCGCGACGAAGCUGCACUUUGGGAUCAUAAUGCUGCAGAAAAAUGAAAGAGCAUAGUCAAAAUUUGCAGUGGAGAAGUCUGUUGCUGGCCAGUUGUCGACAAUGGACUGUGGGACUUUGGGGGCUGAGGCAACACUGCUUCCAGAAGAAGGGUCUUCCUCUACUUAAAAGAGGGAAGCUGAGCAGUCUGACAUCUUUAAAUGUGAAACAAAUUAAACCAUACCGAAGGAAGGCUCUUCUGUGCCAGAGGUGUCGGGUUCCUGAUGUAUUCUUAAAUGUAACUCCCCUGCCAGUUGGAUCUAUUCGGAAUUGCACGUGUCCACAAAAGAUAUUCAGAAAACCUUUUUCCAGCUGCAGGUGUGGAACACCCUAUUCAGGGUCUAGGGAGCUUCACAGGAUAUCUUGCCAGAGUGAGCUACUGGCUAAACGCAGUGGCUUAGGGGUCGACUCAGAGGUUUGUCAAGACAAGCAAUACAGCACUGAGGCCAGCAUUACUGGUCUGUCACUUAAAAGGGAUAGUUUUGCUCUGAGUAGGGAUGACAGUAGCAAUGAUGAAAGCAAUGGAAUCAUAAUUCUAAAUAACUAUACAAGGAAAUAUUGUUGUCGGGGACUAAAGCAAAAUGGAACUUGUGGCCUCUUGAUUAUCAGAAGGCCUAAAUUUAACCAGUGUACUUUAAAAAGAUUUCUAUUUAUGAUGUAUAAAAAACUUUCUAUGGUUAAGUUUCGAAUUAGAAUCGCAAAAUCUCUUCCUAAGCUUCGGAGAGGCAAAACGUGUAAAUUGAACAAAAGCAAGCUGAGCUGGGUGGCGAAAGUCGCUGGAGACUGGCAAGAGGAUUUCCGCUCAGAGGCCCUCACAGGUGAUUGCAGGGCCUUGCUUCCUUCUUGGAAAUCCAAACGUAAUUCUCCUUGGGAUCUGCUCUGCUUAUCAGAUAUGAACAAUAACAUGCCAGGACCACUAAUCGAGGAGAGUCAAAUUCGUCGGCCUGAUGCUUGCCUUACACAGGAUAGACUGUUUCAUUGUAGAGAGCUCCAUUAUAAGAACCUCGUACCCCGAGACCAAAAUGGUAUUGCGGAAACCUGCGUGCUGCCAGAGUCGCAUAAAGGUGCUGCUUCAGGGACCGAGGCCAUGCACAAGGCAGAAAUGGGGGAGAUGCCGUCGUUGGACAGCUGUGCUGAAGACAUUUUCAUCUCUGUAACGGAAAAAGAAAUCUCAGUUUCAGGUCAUGAUGGGGAAGAAUCGAAUCAGGUUAUGAGUGCUGAUGAGGUGGUCCUGGAGUCCUCCAAGUUGGAUCUGGGCACAAGCGAUGACUGCGUUAACGGACCUGCUCUUGUGGGGCAGGUCCAGAAUGAAGACAGUCGUAGUCAGAUGGAAGUGGAAGGGCCAGUAAGCACGGACGUCUUUGGUGCAGAGCUCUUAGAUCACCCAUAUUGUAAAAGUCCUCUUGAUGAGCCUCUGAGAGGAAGCACAGGACAAAAAUCAGGGACCCCCAAAAGUGGCAAAAGGAGCAGUCAGAAAGUUUCUUGUGUCAAUGAUGAGCAGCUGGCUGCGUGGCUCCGUGGAUUCCUAGAUGAAGUAAUAAAGAAAUACGGCAGCUUAGUUCCACUUUGUGAAAAAGAUGUUAUGGGAAGAUUAAAGGAAGUCUUUAAUGAAGAUUUUUCUCAUCGAAAGCCAUUUAUCACUAAAGAAAUCAUGAAGUAUCAGACGAGGCAUCCAAAAUCUUCCACUUGCAAUUUCCGGGUCUUUUAUAAUAAGCACAUGCUGGAUAUGGAUGAUUUGACAACACUAGAUGGUCAGAACUGGUUAAAUGACCAGAUUAUCAACAUGUAUGGUGAGCUAAUAAUGGAUGCAGUCCCUGAUAAGGUUCAUUUCUUCAACAGCUUUUUCCAUAGACAGCUGGUAACCAAAGGAUAUAAUGGGGUGAAACGAUGGACUAAAAAGGUGGACCUCUUCAAAAAGACCCUCUUAUUAAUUCCUAUUCAUCUGGAAGUCCACUGGUCCUUAAUUACUGUGAAUCUCCCUAACCGAAUUAUUUCAUUUUAUGACUCUCAAGGCAUUCAUUUUAAGUUCUGCGUAGAGAACAUACGGAAAUACUUGCUGACAGAAGCUAGAGAAAAGAAUCGUCCUGACUUCCUUCAGGGUUGGCAGACUGCUGUUACAAAGUGCAUUCCACAACAGAAAAAUGACAGUGACUGUGGAGUUUUUGUACUCCAGUACUGCAAGUGCCUCGCCUUAGACCAGUCCUUUCAGUUCUCCCAGGACGACAUGCCCAGAGUGCGAAAAAGGAUUUACAAGGAACUCUGUGAAUGCCGGCUAAUAGACUAAUAAAAAAGGAAAAGCAAAAGAAAAACAGCCCUUGGCAUUUCUGAAGAGUCCCAGCUGGUAUUUGUGUACUUGAAUUUUCUGAGAAGAAAAAAACUUCCAUGAAUUUCAAACAAGUCUUGGUGGAGUGGUUAUAGCCAACAGAAUUACCUCAAACAUUUUUUUCUUUCGACCUGUACUUUACCCGGUGAACCUGCCACAAAAUAUUCCCAAUGUCAAGGUUUUUUUUUUCUAAUGUUCUUUCCUGUAUUUAAUAUUUAUUAUCUAACGCAUGCGCAUAGGCAAAGCAUGCGACUAAAAGCAAAGAGAAGUAUAAAACUGUAGAAUUGGUGCACCUUUGAAAUGUAGCUAGAAGUGACAAGAAUAAUACAGGCUAAACGUUUUUGUCUGAAAACAUGAACUGUGCAUGAUCCAUUUUUCUGAUGCAAUAAUCUUUGAAUGUACAAAAAAAGAAAAAAUCCCAUUUCCAUGAAAAGAGUAUCCAGGAUCCUUUUCUUUUUCCUUAAGAAAAUAUGAAUGAUUUCUCCUUCCUAUCUCUUCCCCCUUAAAUUUGGAAGGAAGAUAGUUGGAAACUGGACUCUGUAUGUAGUUUGUGGAAAUCCAUUUUAAUUGGUCAUUUCAUUUUUUUUUUAAAUUGCCAGUUGGCACUAGAUCACAAUCUUCAUACCAUUCAAAAGGAAUCCCUUGUACCGCAGACUCUUUUAGCGCUAAUAAAAUAUGGAGAUGCUCGUUCA